CAGGAGGAGGCAGGGCAUGAGGUGCAGAGGCCAGAGCCUGCCUGGUGAGCUGAGGGUCUUCAGUCUGGGCUGGAGCCAGGAUGGACACCAAGGCAGGGCCCCCACAGUUGCAGGUGCUGGGAAUACUGGCCGUGCUGGGGCUGGGCGCCGGGACUCUCUUUUAUCUCCUGUGGCAACUGCCUCCUCCUCCCACCUGGGGUCAGGAGCACCUUGAGGAAGUACCCACCAGGUCCUGGGGGCCCCUGGGACAGGAGGUGACGGAGUCCUGCCAGCUUGUUCUCGUGGAAAGCAUCCCCCAGGACCUGCCAUCUGCAGCUGGCAGCCCAUCUGCCCAGCCCUUGGCCCAGGCCUGGCUGCAGCUGCUGGAUACUGCCCAGGAGAGCGUCCAUGUGGCCUCCUAUUACUGGUCCCUCACAGGGCCAGACAUUGGGGUCAACGACUCAUCCUCCCAACUGGGAGAGGCCCUUCUGCAGAAGCUGCAACAGCUGCUGGACAGGAACAUUUCCAUGGCUGUGGCCACCAGCGACCCUACACUGGCCAGGGAGUCCACCGACCUGGAAGUCCUAGCAGCCCGAGGUGCCCAGGUGCGACGGGUGCACCUGGGGCGGCUCACCAGGGGUGUCCUGCACUCCAAAUUCUGGGUUGUGGACGGGCGGCAUGUGUACGUGGGCAGUGCCAACAUGGACUGGCGGUCCUUGACGCAGGUGAAGGAGCUUGGCGCUAUCAUCUACAACUGCAGCCACCUGGCCCAGGACCUGGAGAAGACCUUCCAGACCUACUGGGUGCUGGGGGUACCCCACGCUGUCCUCCCCAAAACCUGGCCUCGGAACUUCUCUUCCCACAUCAACCGCUUCCAGCCGCUCCGGGGCCUCUUUGAUGGAGUGCCCACCAUGGCCUACUUCUCAGCUUCACCACCUGCACUCUGUCCCCGAGGCCGCACCCGGGACCUGGAUGCACUGCUGGCAGUGAUGGAGGCUGCCCAGGAGUUCAUCUACGCCUCAGUGAUGGACUAUUUCCCCACCACACGCUUCACCCACCCUGCCAGGUACUGGCCAGUGCUGGACAAUGCACUGAGGGCAGCGGCCUUCAGCAGAGGCGUGCACGUGCGUUUGCUGGUCAGCUGCUGGCUCAACACAGAUCCCACCAUGUUCCCCUACUUGCGCUCUCUGCAGGCCCUCAGCAACCCCUCAGCCAAUGUCUCUGUGGACGUGAAAGUCUUCAUCGUGCCAGUGGGGAACCACUCCAACAUCCCCUUCAGCAGGGUGAGCCACAGCAAGUUCAUGGUCACAGAGGAGGCAGCUUACAUAGGCACAUCCAACUGGUCAGAAGAUUACUUCAGCAGCACCUCAGGUGUGGGCCUGGUGGUCAGCCAGAGGGCCCCCAGCACCCAGCCAGGUGUGACCCCCGUGCAGGAGCAGCUGCGGCAACUCUUUGAGCGGGAUUGGAGUUCGCGCUAUGCUGUAGGCCUGGAUGGACAAGCUCAGGGCCAGGACUGUGUUUGGCAGGGCUGAGGUCAGGCCCAUCUUGGCUCCUUGGCCCCACAGCUCAUGGUGGACACUGGGCCCCCCAGGCCUUCCCCUCUGUCCCUUGGCCCGGGCUUUCAGCAGCUCCUUCAGCCCAAACCUGCCCAGGGUCAGAAUUGCUCAAGGCUGCUACCUGCAACCUGCCUGGAGGGUGCUGCAAACUAUUUACUCCUCUCUGCUCUCCAAAUCCAGACCCUCCUAAGCCCCACCCCCUAAGCUCCACCCUUCCAGAAAGCCCUCCAGGUUGCUCCUCUGACUCUGAUAGAACAAGCCAGGCCUAAAAAAUGCUCUGGUACUUCCAGGCCCUCUGUGAGAA